AAUGGCGUCCGACGACGAGGACUUGGAUUUGGACGCACUCAGGGCAGCUGCAUUAAAGAGCUGCAACAUAAUUGAAAAUAAGUCCAACCUACCUAAAAGAUCUAGUAUACAUAUAAAUCCACGAAAAGUUCAAGUUUCAAACAAUGCAGCGCCUUUCAACGUAUUCCCAAAGAAAAUCAGAGGGCAAAACUACGAAAGACAAAAUUUUAGAAGACCAGGACGAAAUAAAUUCCGAAGUCAAAGAAAUAGUAAUUUAGUUGUUCUAACCCAAGCAGAAGAGCCUACCAUUCAAGCAUCUCAAGUAGAAAUGAUCCGGCCCCAGGAUAAAUGGGGAGGAACAAGAUCUUAUGAAAAGAAAAUAAAUAAAGAUUGUGCCGAUAAAUUUAAACGCUAUGAUAAUUCGGAAUCAGAAGAGGAGGUUAAUAGUAGAACUUCAACACCGCCUAUGGACGAUUUACUCUCUGAUGAUAAUAUAGAAGCAGUGGAAAAGCUGGAUGAGAAUUCUUUCCCUAAUGAAGACGUUUUAAGUAGUACGAAAGACGAGGAUAUUGAGUUGAAUGACAACGAUUUGUUGAAUAGUGAAAAAUUUGAUUCUGACGAAGAAUUUGAUGGAGACUGUCUAAAAGAUGAACUAACAAACAGUUCUAGGGAAAAUAAUGAUAUUCUUGACGAACAGGAUACAGAUGACAAGGAUAUAUCAAAAGAACAACUAGAACUCUUUAACCACAAGAGUGACGACGAUUUUCUGCAGAUUGAGGAGGAGGAGGAGCAAGAAGAAAGAAAUCAUGAACAUAGGAAACGAGCCGACAGUGAGACUAGUGCUCUCUCAUUACGAGCACCAAGCGACUAUGAUGAUAUUUUAGAUGAGAGUGGAGACGAAAAAAAUGAAGAAAAAUUACAAACUCCAAGAGUUCGCUCAAGGAGCCCAGUCAUGCAGCGCCGUGCACAUGAUCGUGUUCGAAAUUCCCCACCUUAUUCCGAUGACGGCCGAAAGCAGAGAGAACGAGAUCGUCGAAGAGGUCGUCAUAGGAAAGAAAAGAAAAGCAGAUCCAGGUCGAGGUCAAGAAGGUUUCCCAGAGAAAACAGCAUCGAAAGCAAAAGCAUUCGGAGUGUCAAGAAUUCAACAGCUAACAACUCAAGAGACUGUAGUAGAAGUCCAGGUAAAUUUGACCAAUAAUAACUUUAAUUUAAAGAAACACUCUCAUAGUUACUAUUAAGUUAUUUUUCCGAACUAUAAAAGUUUAAGCGCGGUAUCUAGUAUUUACUAUCAAAACUUGUGAAAUAGUAAUAAAAUAGAACGUUAAGCUUGGAAGAUUUUAUAAAUGCUUUAUUCUUUAAUAAGAAAUUCAAACUUUUUAACUCAGUAAAGAUAACUUUAUUUCUCAAUGCCAAAAAAUAUGUUCGAAAUAUUUAUAACAAACAAUACUUUAUUCUUGUUUGUAUUAAGCAUUUACAAAACUCUGGUACACAUACGUAAUAUAUGCUUUUAUAUAUUUUAUAUAAAGCUAUAUUUGACAUACAAGUCUAGAUAACUCUAUAUAAUAUUUGAUUCAGUUAAUAAAUAUAAAAUGCACAGUUGAUGAUCAAUAAAAAUAAUAGUAGAAAUGAAGACAUUUCAAAGAUCUGGGGGAUUAUAAAUAUUCUAUAACGAUUAGAUAUCACUACGUUACAUGAAGUGUACAAUUCUGUGAUAUUUUGUCUGAAAUACAAUUAGAACAAUUUUUCAAAGUAAAGGAAGGUUUUUGAAGUAUUUGCAAUGAUUUUGAAGAACAUCUGUUUGGUUUUAUUUUUUCUUUGCUAUAAAUUUCUUUGGUUCAAAAACUCAGAGGAAACUUUGUAUCAUAUACAAUUAUUAGGCGUGAAGUGCAGUAGGUGGAGAAAGAACUAAGUAAUUUUUUUUUUACAGCGCCAUCUAGAACCUCUGUUCAUGAUCGUUUGGGGCAAAGACUAGAUGGAACUUCACGAAGUCAUCCAAGUAGUCCAAAAAGAGAUAGUCGUUCUAGAAGAGUAGUGGAGAAAAUACAUUAGAGGUGAUUAUAAAACUCUAAAAAGAUUUCAUUAUCAUGCAUUAUGGCUAGAAAAAAAAAUCAUCUUUAAAAAAGCGCCUGAAAAUGAAGAGUUAUGUGGAUUAAAAAACAAACCAAACAAAAUGCACAAAACUUAACAUAAUGCUAAAACUCAAAUGUUACUUAAAAACAAACAAAAAGGAAAAAAAAACACUGAGAGUUUUGUUUUUCCUUUCUAAUUUUUUUUUUUUAAUGUACAAAAGAAUAUUUUUUACUUGAUAAAAAAAAAAAACCAACAGCAACAAAAUACUGUUAAAAGUAAUGAAGAACAUAUAUUUCUUUUUGCAUUUUUUGAAAUGCGCAAAUAAACUAGCUACUUGUAGUAAAAGAAAAAAAAAUUAUAAAAGAAAUACAAUACGACCAACCUGAAAAAAAAAAUAUUUGAUAAAAUAUCUCAGGGAAAACAAUAAUAAUAUUCAUAUAUACUUUAAAUACUGUACAAAUAGAAGUAAUCAUUUCUGCUUCUUUUUUUUUCCCUCGUUGACUAAUAUACAGUAUACAAUAUCUUAAUGUACUUAUAUAAAUAUGGAUAUAGGGAAUUAUAUAAAAUAUGUAAAUAUUUUGUACCUAAUGUCAAAAUAUGAAUAUUAUGCUAUUAAGAAAGAAUUUUUGUCUGUUAUUUGACAAUUAUUUAAACUUAGUAUGAGAAGGAAACAAUAUUAAUCUAUCGUUUAUUGAACUUAAUAUUGCUACUGCACUUAAUUAUACUCAUACUAUUUAUGUUAAUCUGUUCAUGAUUUACAUUGAAAACUGUAAGUCUUAAAUUUCAUUAACGUUCCGAGUUGAAUGUAAAAUGGAAAGCUUGAAUUUCAAUCUUAAGGAAGUUGUACCUAUAUAUGUCUAUAUAGAUAUAAUCUUUAAAGGGAAAAGAAGGGGAAAAAGUCAAAAAUUUGCUUAGAGAAAUUUCUUUACGUCCUUUAUUAUAUUUCUUCUAGGAUGAAGAAGAGAAGAUUGAAUCGUUUAUUAACCUACUUGACUUUUUUUUAUACAUAAAAAACUACAAUUGUGUUUCUUUUCAUUUUUUUCUACUUCGUCAUCUAAAUAUGUGUGAAAAUUUCGCAUAUACGUAUGUUAUAUAUGUAAGCAAGAAUGGAUUUAUGUCUACGUUUGUACAUAUCUACGUCUUCAACAGCCAAGGAGACAUUUUUCCAAGAAAAUUUAAUAUAUUUUAAAAAGAGUAUGCAUUUGGUUGUUCAAAUGUGUUUUUUUAGCAAUUUCAUAUAUAUAUUAGUAUAUAUAAAUAUUUUAUUUCUUUACAUUUCUCUCAAUUCUUUUAUAUGGUGCUAUUUUUCCUGCAGAAA